AUGGAAACGGAGUCUUCGUACGACGAAGCUGUGGCCAUAAACUGCCAACCUGCUACAAUGUGUCCCCGGUAUAUAUGUCUUCAGCAGAUCGUUACUCCACUGUUUUUGGCCAACGCAUUUAGCACGCGCUGCGUGUGUCCGGCAGUAUCGAGACAUCACAGGAGAAUAUUUGUCCAAUUGGGACAUAUUGCUGCAGCACCUGUAUGGCCAUGCGCGAGAACGCAAAAUGUGCCGAGGCUUGAGCAAGACAUUUGUUACGAUGUCGUUUUUGCAAGGGUGGAGCGAUGGAGUGAUGGAGAACGAAGGGAAGAAAAAAGGUCUCAUGGAAGUAUUCGAGUAAACGUGACAUAA